AAUAUAUAUUUGUGCAAAUAUGCAAGAUGAUUUAAGUUUUAUAAAGUGAUUUCAAUUGCAGCUAAACUCUAUUAACCGCAUUGAUUUUAAUCUUUUGAGGUCCCAUUUGUUUAAUCUAGUUAAGUAAAGAGAAUAAUAAAAAGUAGAAUAAUAAAAUAAAGAAAAAUGACUUUUCCCAUUUUACCUGUGAUAAUGAUGAUGAACCAGUACAAGUAUCUUAUGGGCACGUACAAACCAACGCCAAUGAUUAUGCAGCAUUUCUCAAUAUACGAACAGCCGAAGAAGAAUAUACAGGUACACCAUUUUAUUGCGGUGGGAAAUCGUGAUACGAAGCACACACUGGUGCCUUAUAUAUUAACAGAUAAUACUGUAACAACAGCAGCUGAUGAAUCAACAACAGCUGUAUCUGCCACAUCCACAGCAGCUGGGGGAUCAGAACCAACAGCUGAACCUACCACUACUUCAACUGAAUCAUCAUCAACUGUAAAUGAAUCAUCAGCAGUUACAGAGGAAUCAUUAGCAACUAUAGAUGAAUCAUCAGCAACUUUCGAGGAAUCAUCAGCAACUGCAGCUGAAUCAUCAGUAACUGCAGCUGAAUCAUCAGCAACUGCAGCUGAAUCAUCAGCAACUGAGACUGAAUCAACAGAAUCGGCAACUGAAUCUGCAGAAACUGAAACUGAAGCAACUGAAGCUGAAACGACUGAAGCAACUGAAGCUGCAGAUGCAUAGACAACAACAGAUUCGACAGCAAUGACUGCAGGAUUACGAUGACAAAAUAGAAAAUAACCAAAAUACUGAAGGAACUUAGCUACAGCAAUUAUAGUGAUAUUUUUGUACAAUUGUAUAUUUUGCACACAAGGAGGAAACUUACUUUAUAAGUAUUGCAUCCCUUCAUCCAAAACCUAUGAGUGAAGUAAAACUCGAAUUUUAUUUUUUGUUCA